UCCCUCAUGCUUUGGAUAUCAUAAAUGGCUCCCCAAAAGCAACUGCAACACAUAAAGCUAUGGAAGCAAAAACACCUUCAAGCAUUAGGAUGCACCUGUACACGUUUGUCCUCACAAAGCUGGACGAGAUUAAGCAAAGUGGCUGAAAGAGAUCGUCAUCUCCAUACCCACUGAUGCCAAUGGACAAAGCAAUCAGUGCCGUGAUGGAGCAAGCCAAUCAUCUUAGCACACACUUGAUUGAUGUACAAGAUGGAUCAGAUUGUGUUCUGGCAGAGGAUGUUUGUUCAGCAGCUCCAUUUCCUCCGUUCCCUGCUUCUAUCAAAGAUGCAUGGCUAUGCAGUCUUUAAGCUUCAGAUGGACCAGGAAUUCGCAAAGUUGUUGGUCCUGUGACGGCAGGUGAAAUUACCUCCUCAGAAGUGACGUCAGGUCAUGUGAUGCGCAUAACCACAGGUGCUCCUGUACCCCCUGGUUCAGAUGCAGUGGUUCAGGUUGAAGACACAGAACUGGUGGAAAGUGCUGAUGAGGGAAAAACUGAAGUCAAGGUGAAGAUCUUGUCAACUCCAAAAGUUGCUCAGGAUUUAAGGCCCAUUGGGUUUGACAUUUCCUCUGGAGAGCUGGUUCUAAGCAAAGGAGAGGUCCUGGGUCCUGCAGAGCUUGGUUUGUUGGCCACAGUCAGUGUUACCCAGGUAUCUGUUUUCAAGAAGCCUAAGGUUGCUAUCCUUUCGACUGGUAAUGAGAUUGUCCAACCCACAGAAAGCCCAAAGGCUGGUCAAAUCAGGGAUAGCAACAAGACAACCCUAACAGCAGCUGUUAAGAAAGAAGGGUUUGAUGUUAUUGACCUGGGAAUAGCUCAAGAUAAUCCAGAAAGUCUUGAAGCUACUCUUACCAAGGGUUUGACUGAAGCAGAUGUUGUUAUAUCCUCUGGGGGUGUGUCUAUGAGUGAAAAGGUACAGGUCUUUAAUUAUACCACAGGGAGCCCAAUUUAGAUAAAAGUAAAAUUGGAAAAAUAAAGUUGAAAAAUAAUGCAAAAUUAAUUAUUUUUUUAAUUUGACCUUUUAAUGAAGGGAUGAAAUCAACUGGAGAAAAACUUGGACAUGAAAAAACCAUUAAAACUCGUAAAUCACAAAUGUGAUUUAGCUGAUUGAUGAGUAUCAAAUCACUGAUGUACCGAUUGUUUGUUCAAGCUAAUUUUUUCUCUAAGACUGUGACCUGCUUACUAGACAGAUGAAAUCAGUGAAAAUUAUCCUAGUUGGCCAUGCCCAAUGGGGGUUACUAUAAGCAAAUUGAAUAUUCAAAAGCCUAUCCGGACUGCAAAUUAUUUGAGCUGCUUACAAACCAGUUCGCCCCAUUUUUUUGUCCAUCUAUGCACCAUGUAGGGGUAGAGGAUGGAGACCUUGGCCCUGCUGUAUGAAGAGUGGAUAGUACUAUUCAACAUUUAAUUCCUUAUGCAUUUCAUAAAGUGAUGCUGUUAACCAAUAUUUAUCCAGUGAACAAGAUUUAUCUGUUGGAUAGUGCUAUGCACCUUUUGUACAACCAGGUUCAGGUUGUUUAGCUAGCUUGAGGUAGUUUCCUUCCCUGAUAGUAGCCCAAUGGAAGGGAUGAAAACAACCUCUGCUUGCAGGGAAGUGGUUUCCUCCCUACAGGGCAGUUAAAAAUGAAAGCGAAAGUUUUAAUCACCAAGGACCACACACAACACAGAAAUUUAAAGCACUGAAAUGGCAUGACAACUCAGUUUUAUUUAUAGAAACCAUAAUAUGAAUACACUUUGCAAUUCUGUAUUAUUUUUCCUAGAGAUGCCACUUCAAUAUUAAAUGAUAUUCAACAUUUGAGGAGGGAUCGAUAUUUUUACACUUGAAAUCGUAAACUAGAUAAAAAUGUCAAAGAUUUUAUAAGCUUGGUGUGAGCUAAAUUUCUUUUACUAUAUAAUACUUUAUUCCGACUGUUUUGACUUUUACAGGUGAGCAAUACACCAUUCCUUUAAGCAAGUAUAACAAUCUGAGCUUUGCUUCUUAUUUGCGUUCACCAAAUCUUCCAACCAUUUCCUGAACUGCUCUUCAUCUUUCUUCAACUUCAAGAACUGUGCAAGUACCUCAUAUGCAUAAUCAAAGCCCUUGUCUUUAAGCUUGCCUCCAAGUACUUCACCGAUCCCUGCUAGCUCUGUCACUGGCUUCUCGCGCAUAGGCUCACUAACGAAAUUCUCGUGUUUUUGCGAUGUGGAAUUCAUUUCUUGAUGAUGCUAAACUUUGAAAAGAGAAAUGAAAUGAAUGGCUGUUAAAAAUAACAACACGACCUAUAACACGAGGUAUCUUUCUUCGAUUUCGACGAGAAAUCGAAGAAAAAUACAAAGGAAAUAGAGCGUUAAUAAUCGUAAAUAGCUUUAAAAUUCUAGGUGUAUAAGAGGUACUUACUUGAUCGCUAGAAAAAUGAUUUAAAGUGAGAAAAAUACAAGAUGGAUCUUCUCCUUUCUCAGAAAUAUCAGUCAGUAGAGAACUUGAAUCUUGGAAUUUUACCAUAUAUGGUAAGUUAUACCAAAUAUGGUCAUCAAUCUCGUACCCAGAGCCCUUAUUUCUUACUGCGCAUGCUCGACGAAAUAAUUAUUUCGUCGAGCAUGCGCAGGGUUACUACUUCAUGUAAGACCUCCAAUCUCGUACCCAGAGCCCUUAAAAUUAAAUAAUUUUAAAUUUUUUUUUCUUACUGCGCAUGCUCGACGAAAUAAUUGGCUCUGGAAAACUCCAAACCGGAAGACCCAGAUUCUAGGUUUCUCGCACAUGCGCAUUAUGACAGACUAGGUAAAUUCAAAAUGGCGGACGAUGUUCAGCAAGCAUGUGAAUUUGCGCUUGGAAAAUUAGGUUUUGAAGAUAGUUUUCAGUUAAAUUAACUCCGAAAAUAUCUAUUGGAUGGACAUCAAUACAAUUUCCAUUACAAAAUCGGCAAACCUUUGAAAAAUCCGGCCCUACAGGCUUUUUUGGUGUGCUUAAUUGGGUACUACUUCAUGUAAGACCUCAUGAAGUGGCACUAAUACCUCUUGUUUUAUGGUGUGUGUGCUGGUGUGUGUAUCCUUGUGGCUCCGUUGACGUUUUCAUGGCUAUCGUUACUGCUUGGCUUACUUCAGGUGCUUGGCUUACUUCAGGUGCUUUCAUUACUUGGGGUGAUUGGCUUACUUCAGGUGAUUGGCUUACUUGAGGUGAUUGGCUUGCUUGAGGUGAUUGACUUACUUCAAGUGCUUGGCUUACUUCCGGUGCUUGGCUUACUUGAAGUGAUUGACUUACUUCAGGUGAUUGGCUUACUUCAGGUGAUUGGCUUACUUCAGGUGAUUGACUUACUUCAGGUGAUUGGCUUACUUCAGGUGAUUAGCUUACUUCAGGUGCUUGGCUUGCUUGAGGUGCUUUGCUUACUUGAGGUGAUUGACUUACUUGAGGUGCUUUGCUUACUUCAAGUGCUUGGCUUACUUGAGGUGCUUCACUUACUUGAGGUGCUUGGCUUACUUGAGGGGAUACGGGCUCCAUGGUUACCCUCAUCACCGAGUCGUUCUACAGGGAAAAGCUACAGCCAACCCUAGGAGACCUACACCCUGAAACAAGAUUACUGCAGCUGCGAGGAGCUAACGGUUUGGACAUCCCUCACAUUGGAUAUAUCGUCGCUACAGUAGAGAUCGGAGGAGUGGUGGUCCCUGGGUGCGGCAUCUUCAUCACGAAGGACACAGCAGCCACUACAGUAAUGCAGAGGAGGGUACCUGGCCUACUGGGAACCAACGUUCUUGGGCAGGUGCCCCAAUACCAACAGAUCCUGCAAGAUGAA